AUGGACGUGACCUCCGUGGCUCUGGCAAAGAUUCACCCGACGCUGCUCUGCACAUUCUCCCUUCCCCUUCGCUGUGAGGUCAGGACCCUACACUGUGAGGUCAGGACCCUUCGCUGUGAGGUCAGGACCCUUCGUUGUGAGGUCAGGACCCUUCACUGUGAGGUCAGGACCCUACACUGUGAGGUCAGGACCCUUCGCUGUGAGGUCGGGACUCUUCGCUGUGAGGUCGGGACCCUUCGUUGUGAGGUCAGGACCCUACACUUUGAGGUCAGGACCCUUCACUGGAGGUCAGGACCCUACACUGUGAGGUCAGGACCCUUCGCUGUGAGGUCGGGACUCUUCGCUGUGAGGUCGGGACCCUUCGUUGUGAGGUCAGGACCCUUCGCUGUGAGGUCAGGACCCUUCGUUGUGAGGUCAGGACCCUACACUGUGAGGUCAGGACCCUUCACUGUGAGGUCAGGACCCUACACUGUGAGGUCAGGACCCUUCGUUGUGAGGUCAGGACCCUACACUGUGAGGUCAGGACCCUUCACUGUGAGGUCAGGACCCUACACUGUGAGGUCAGGACCCUUCGCUGUGAGGUCAGGACCCUUCGCUGUGAGGUCGGGACCCUUCGCUGUGAUGUCAGGACCCUUCGCUGUGAGGUCAGGACCCUUCGCUGUGAGGUCAGGACCCUUCGCUGUGAGGUCAGGACCCUUCACUGUGAGGUCAGGACCCUACACUGUGAGGUCAGGACCCUUCACUGUGAGGUCAGGAACCUACACUGUGAGGUCAGGACCCUUCGCUGUGAGGUCAGGACCCUUCGCUGUGAGGUCAGGACCCUUCGCUGUGAGGUCAGGACCCUUCGCUGUGAGGUCAGGACCCUUUUCUGUGAGGUCAGGACCCUUCGCUGUGAGGUCAGGACCCUUCGCUGUGAGGUCAGGACCCUUCGCUGUGAGGUCAGGACCCUUCGCUGUGAGGUCAGGACCCUUCGCUGUGAGGUCAGGACCCUUCGCUGUGAGGUCAGGACCCUUUUCUGUGAGGUCAGGACCCUUCACUGUGAGGUCAGGACCCUUUUCUGUGAGGUCAGGACCCUUCACUGUGAGGUCAGGACCCUUCGCUGUGAGGUCAGGACCCUUCGCUGUGAGGUCAGGACCCUUCGCUGUGAGCAGGUGUUCCCCCAGGGGGCGCUGGGGGGAGCUGGGCAGCAGGAUCGUUGCUCAUCUGGAUGGAACAUUAAUAAAGCAGGACCCGAGGAGAGCGCUCCAUCUGCACCGCUGCGGCGGACUCCAGAAGUCUAUAAUCCUUCACAGAGCGCGGCUGUAG